AUGUCCUCAAGCUUCCACAGGCCCUCCCUGCACAAGGUUGCCUUCAGCUGCCUGCUGGCAGUGUGUGUCCUAGUCCUUUUCUUUGUAUACUACAAGCCUGAAAUCAAUUUCCCCACAUAUCUGUGUGCAAAGGAAACACAGGCCCAGGUCUCGAACCAUUCAGCAGACCAGCACAUCAACUCACUUCAUAAUGACACCCAGAGGGUCCAGGCUGCAUCAGAGGACGCUGAGCUCGACACUCUUCUGUUGAUCUGGAUGUGGCCAUUUGGCAACAAGUUUGAUCUCAACUGCAGUAUAUUCAAUAUCAGAUGCCACUUGACAGUUGACAAGUCUCUCUACCAUAAAGCCAACGGGGUCAUCUUCCACCACAGGAGCUUAAAGGUUGAGUCUUUACCGAAAGAGCAACGUCCCUGGUUUCAGAAAUGGGUGUGGUUUAAUAUGGAGUCACCUACAUUCUCUCGUCCAAAGCCUCAAAUCAAUCACUUAUUCAACUUGACAUGCAAUUAUCGCCCCGAUUCAAAUAUUCCUGUGCCUUAUGGGCAAUUGUUGCCACUAUCAUCUGGCAUUGAGGGUUUUGAACUGCCACCAAAGGACAAGUUGGUCUGUUGGAUUGUGAGCAACUGGAAUCCGAACUUGAGAAGAGUUCAGUUCUACAAUGAACUGAAAAAACAUGUCCAGAUAAACACUUACGGGAGGGCUUUUGGCCAACGUGUGAGUGAUCAAGACUAUACGAAGAUAAUGUCUAGUUGUAAAUUCUACCUCUCCUUUGAAAACUCUAUUCACAAACACUAUAUUACAGAGAAGUUAUGUCGUCCUCUGAAGCUAGGAAGUGUACCAAUAGUUUUGGGACCUCCAAGACAAGAUUAUGAGGACCACACCCCAGCGGAUUCUUUCAUUCAUGUCGAUGACUUUUCCACUCCAAAGGAGUUGGCAGAGAGGAUACUUUACCUCGAACGAAAUAUUACUGAAUACAUGAAAUACUUCAAUUGGAAAAACAGGUAUGAAGUUCAAUGGUUUAGGUUUGGCCAAGAAAAUGCCUGCAGGACUUGUAGUUACUUACAAAAGAACAGAAGAUACCAAGCUUUACAUGAUCUUAACAAAUGGUACUGGGAUUAAUAGUACUCUAACAAAAACAGCAUCUGCCAAAUUACCUUUCAGUCUGGGACACUGACAAGUAUGGGCUCAAAGUAAAAGACUUAAGUCGCUUCACCUGAAUUGUCUGUGGUUUCUACAAACAUGAGAAUGAUUUUCCAUUAUGAUCACAUUGAUUCCACAUUGAUUGUGGCUUGUGGUAAAGCUGUCAUAAAACAUACUUUUUUUCUUUUUUUUCGGUGAAGCAAGAUAAAGACAAAGAACGUGAUAUGAACAUGAACACUUUAUAUUCCAGAAAACGGUAAAGGCUACAGCUGCUGUCCUCAAAGGCCACUUCCUUGUCUCUGCAG